GAAGUAAAUUUUAAGUAAAUUUUUAUUUAUUUAUCCAUUCAUUCAGCAGUGGAUGUAGUGCUGGAUGCUGCUCGGACGCGCAGACAGUAAUGCCCUACACCCUUCAAAUAACUCCCUUAAAGGGCUCUUCGAAGGGUGUAGGGCACAGUCACUUCCGUUUGUAUUCGCCUCAAAUGACGAACUAGCGACGUCCUGUUUUUGCCGCGUCGCUUCACUCUCCAGUCCAGCGGGUGGCGCUAAACACAUACGUUUGUUUGGAACGACGCCUUUAAACAUCAGAGGAAGAAGUUUAGUUUCACCGCCCUCUUUGUUGUGUCGGGUACUGCCUUAAUACAAACAAGUUAGAGAUGUUUAUUUUGUGAGAAAAUACAGUUUUUGUAUCAAGUCAGUAAAUGCCUGUAAUAUUUUCAUCCUCACAGUCGAGACUUAGUUUUUAAAGCAAGCAGGUAUAUCUGGAGGAGUAUCAUCUGAACUGAGAUCUGCUGCUGUGAAGAUGGAGUUUGUUAAAGAGGAAAGAGAAGAGAACAGGAGUGAACCAGAAGCCUGGAGAAUAAAACAGGAUGAACCAGAAACUUUGAUAAUAAAACUUGAACCAGAAACCUGGACAAUAAAACACGAGGAACCAAAAACCUGCACAAUAAAACAUGAGGAACCAGAAACUUUGAAAAUAAAACACGAGGAACCAGAAAUAAUACACAAGGAACCAGAAACUUUGAAAUUAAAACACGAGGAGCCAGAAACAUGGAGAAUAAAACAUGAGGAACCAGAAACAUGGAGAAUAAAACAGGAGGAACAAGGAGAUUUCAUUGAAGAAAAAGAGGAGAAUGAAGAAUCAAGUGAAGUUGAGGAGAAAAAUCAUGUCAAAAUUGGAGGAAAACCUUUGAGAUUCUCUUUGAGAACCAAACAGAAAGAUUUAAAGAAAAAAAUAACCAAGAAGUCUUUCAACUGCACUCAGUGUGGAAAGAGAUUUACACACAAAACAAGUUUUGAGCAUCACAUGGGUGUUCAUACUGAAGAGAGACCAUUCUCUUGCGAUCAGAGCGGAAAGUGUUACAAACGAUCAGGAACCCUUAAGGAUCACAUGAACAUCCACACUGGAGAGAAGCACCACGCAUGUGAUCAAUGCGGUAAAAUGUUUUUAUGGCUUUCACUUCUGAAGAAACACUUGAAAGUUCAUGCAAAGCGGAAACCAAUUCCAUGUCAUUUGUGUGAUAAGAGUUUUUUGCAUCUACAAAAUUUGAAAGAACAUCAGAAAAUACAUACUGGUGUGAGAGACUACAUGUGCUUUGAGUGUGAAAAGACUUUUAGUUCAGCGGGAAGUUUAAAAAGACAUGAGAGGAUCCACACUGGAGAGAAACCUAACAAGUGUUCACACUGUAAUAAGAGAUUCAGUCAGACAACAGAUCUGAAAACACAUGAGAGGAUUCACACUGGAGAGAAACCGUAUAAGUGUUCACACUGUGACAAAAGAUUCGGUAAAUCAACAAAUCUAAGAACACACGAAAGGAUCCACACUGGAGAGAAACCUCAUAAGUGUUCACACUGUGACAAGAGAUUCAGUAAGGCAACAGAUCUGAAAAUACAUGAGAGGAUUCACACUGGAGAGAAACCGUAUAAGUGUGCACACUGUGACAAGAGAUUCAGUGGUUCAUCUUGUCUGAAAACACAUGAGAGGAUUCACACUGGAGAGAAACCUUAUAAGUGUGCACACUGUGACAAGAGAUUCAGUGUUUCAUCGAGUCUGAAAAAACAUGUGAGGAUUCACACUGGAGAGAAACCUUAUAAGUGUGCACACUGUGACAAGAAAUUCAGUCGGUUAACAUAUCUGAAAACACAUGAGUGGAUUCACACUGGAGAGAAACCUUACAAGUGUUCACACUGUGACAAGAGAUUCACUGAUUCAUCAAGUCUGAAAACACAUGAGUUGAUCCACACUGGAGAGAAACCUUAUAAGUGUUCACACUGUGACCAUAAAUGCAAUCAGUUGCCAAAUCUGAAAAGACAUGAGAGGAUUCACACUGGAGAAAAACCUUAGAAGUGUUCACACUGUGACAAGAGAUUCAGUAAUUCAUCAAAUCUGAAAACACAUGAGUUGAUUCACACUGGAGAAAAACCUUAGAAGUGUUCACACUGUGACAAGAGAUUCAGUGUGUCAUCAAAUUUAAUCCUCAAAAGCAGCUUUUCAGUAAUAAUCUUCAAAAUAUAUGUUGUGUUCACAUUACCUUUCAUUCAACUGUUGAGUUCCAGGUGGACACAUAACACAAGGAUGUAGUUGUCAUGCUAAACCUGUUUAAUAUAUUGGAUUUUGUUCAUUCUUUCUUGAGGCUUCCUGUUAUCAUUAUCAUGUGUUUUCAUUUAUCUUCUUUCCGUGUGUCUUAAUUUGAUUAAUUAAAAAUCUAUUUCAACCAUGGUAAACCGAUGCUGUAUUGUGGGGUGUAAUGGCGCAAUACAUAAUCGCCGUGGGGAAAAUAAAAUGAGAAUGCAUUGACUUUCCACUGCUUUCCUGCUUGGAAGCGUGACCACGGAGACCAUAACAUCUGAAUAUUCAUUUAUAUAGCUUAAGUCAACAUUGAACAUUGAAAGUAAGGGAAAUUUCCCGGUUUAAUCAUCCAAAAUAGGGGAAAUUUCAACAUUCAUCUUUCUGUUGCUUUCAAGUAAGCAAAACGAGGCUUUGAAAACAUCUGUUUCGCUGGAAGGGCAAGAGGGUAGCAACAGCAGCUC